AAAUCAAUCACUUCACCCAACUCCACCGGUUCAACCUGCUUACAACUUCAACCAAAGUAAUGGGAUGUAUCCUUAUUGUGUGGACCAAUAUGGAUCUAAAAUAUCAUUCCAAGGUCUCUUGAAUUCUCCGAUAUUAAAUACUCCAGUGGCCAAUGCUCAAUUUGAGAGUUCAACAAAAAGAUCAAGAAAGAAAAGUGAUGACAUCCCAAUAAUGCCUCAAGCUGCGAGUUCUAGAAAAGAAUGGACUAAAGAGGAAGAUGUAGCAUUGACGAACGCGUGGUUACACGUAUCGAUGGAUUCAGACAUCGGAAACAAUCAGAAAAGUACUUCUAUGUGGGUGAGAAUAGUAGAAGUCUUUAAAGAAAAUAUGGGGGCUAGAUGCAAUCCUCUUAGAAACAGCAACAACUUGCAAUUGCAUUGGGGGAAAAUACAAGCAACGGUGAAUAAGUUCAUUGGACAUUAUGAGCGACUAGAUAGGCAUCCACAGAGUGGCACAAACUUGGAUGAUUUGAUAAAAAAGGCAAUGGGAUCGUAUGAAGACAUUCAAGGAAGCCCAUUCAAAUAUCUCCACUGUUGGGAAAUAAUGAGUAAAAAUCCAAAAUGGUACUCCGAACAUGUGAAGCCAACAUCAACAAAUAAAAAAACUGUUCACACCUCCAGCUCACCUGUACGAGAGGAUCAUGCAACGAGUAUUGAUGAAGAAACUAUGGCCUUUGGAGGUACUAACUCAGAUGGGGUCAUUCGUCCCCAAGGAAGAAAGGCUUGUAAGGAAAGAAAAAGAAAGGUACAUGAGGAAAAAGGUGUGGUGGAUGUGUUGAACAAGCUACAAAGCACUUUAGAGAAACAAGUUAACGUGAAUAUUACAGCUUUGGAGAUGAGAAAAGAGAAUGAUCAAAAAGAAUUUCAAUUGAAACAACAACUCAUAAAAGAAGAGAUUGAAUUGAAAAAGAAUGCUCAAAGGAGGAAAGAGCGGGAACAUAUUAUGAAUCAAGAUCUAAGUAAGCUCUCACCAACUACUUGAGCGGCAUAUGAAGAAAUGCAAGCAAAUAUUAUAAAAGAAUGGAAAAAAGAUGGUCUCUUUGGAUCUACUAGCACUUGACGUUCAAGAUUGCACUCCUUGUCUAGCCAUUUGUUGAUAGUAGCAUUUUAAUCAGAUAGUUUUAAGGGUUCUUCCUAUUUUUUCCAUGCAUUGUUUAGCCAUUCGUUGGACAUUAUUUUCUCAUGCAUUGUUUUCUUUUUGGCACUGCCAUGUUGUUUGUUACGAAAUCUCUGCUUACUCUAGUUGCGAUGACUUGCUA